UAUGGUAAUUUUUUCUUCACAAUAUGCAAUGAAACGAGAUGUUGUUAUAAUUGUAAUCUUUACAAUCUUAGUUCAAAUUAGUUUGUCACUUUAAGUUCGAUACAAGCGGCAAGAUCCAUCAGUACAAAAAGGAAACAUAAUCCGAGCGUUGGUCAAUUACAAUACUACAAGAAUCAUCACGAGUCUGUAACCGUGGAGGAGACGUCAAUGCUUAAUAAAUUCAGGCGAAGGUCGUCUUCUUUUUUGAUCAACGGCGAGGAUCGUCUAAAGUUCGGAGAAAAAUUGAUGGCAACGAAGAGGAAGAAGAAGAAGAUAAGCGAUUUAUCCCCGCAGGUCCAUAUCCUCUUCACAACAGGAGGCAGCACUGGAUUAGUUCAGGAGGAAGCUUCACCUCCGACAAGCAUCGUUUCGUCGGAGACACUUAACGGUGAAAGCAGCGGAUCGGGCAGCGCAGUAACGACGUUGAAUAAAAAGGAAUCAACGAGAAGUAAAGAUGGUGAGACGAAGGAGCCGGGUCAUCGAGUUGCAUUUAGAACGAGAUCAAAGAUUGAUGUGAUGGAUGAUGGUUAUAAAUGGAGGAAGUAUGGGAAGAAAUCUGUCAAGAACAACAUUAACAAGAGGAAUUACUACAAAUGCUCAAGUGAAGGUUGCAUGGUGAAGAAGCGGGUGGAGAGAGAUGGUAAAGAUGCAGCCUAUGUGAUUACAACUUAUGAAGGAGUCCAUAACCAUGAGAUUCCCUCACACGUCUAUUACAGUGACACGGUCUCGUCUUAUGACCGUGAUAAUUGGAACCAACACUCUCUUCUUCAAUUUAUCCAACAAAUAUCUCCUCCAUCUUGAGAUAUUACCUCCAGGCAUCAUUGUAAAAUCUCAAUAUAUUGGCUUGUAUAAUUUUUAUAGGUAUGUUAUCUUAAAAGAAGUUAAUUAUUUCGCAAUUUUUAUAUGAUCAUGUUUAUACGUGGUUAUAAAACCUGUACAAGUGAGGUUAUAAAAUUUUACGCGCCAGCGAGGUAAACAACUCCGGUUUAAAAAAACCGGUUUAUAACGGAUUUGG